UAGCGAAGAGCUCAGCGAGCUAAAAAAUGAAACUAUUGGAUCAGUACCCCAGUACAGCCAGAUUUUUCUGAUCAACUGCUCAACCGAGACAACAGCUCUCUCUGGGCUCCAGGAAAUAUUUCCUGGGAUGAAGGCAGGCGAAAUCAAGAAGCACGCCGCCAAGGUCUUUGCUGAGAGCAGCGGUUACCUCCUGAUACUCGACAAUGGAGACGACAUUGACGUUUUGAAUUCCGUGUUUGGAGAGUCAAGGAAACACGGCUUUGGUGGAGAUGUCAUUGUCACUUCGCGAGCGGCCUCGAUCGCGGAAGGUGCAUUCAACCAGGCGUUCAAAUUCAAAGUCAAUCGAUAUACAUUUGACCCUCUGAUGAUUAUGCCAUGGUCGCAAGAAAUCGCGUUUGACUACGUGAUGAAACAGUGCCCCAAGCUCUCCAAUAAAGCCAAGUCCCGAGAGUCCAUCGCCAAAGUGAAAAAUCUCAUAUCGAGGAUUUACUCCAACAAUCUCGUUUUGCACACUUUCAUAUUCUUCUUUGAUUCAAACACGAUUCCAUUGGCAGAGCUCGAGCGAGCUUUUGGCCAGGUCUUGAAUCGGAAUCACGGGGAAACCGAUGCUCAGCUGUCGUUGCGAGCAAUUGUCACCAUGACGCUGGAUGGCGAAAUGAACAAAGGACCAACUGGACACGCGACUUGCUGCCUCUAUUCGGCAAUAUGCCUCGGUUGAUUGAACUUGCAUUGUUGAAUGAAACAGAAGAUGAUAUGUGUAGAGCGAAUCCUCUCAAGCAGCAAAUCGGAAGAUCAUAUGCAAAUGAUAAUCCGGAGCUUUUUGGCUUUCCCGUUCUUGAGACCACGGGCAGAGCCCUCAUCGAGUUCCUUGGAGAUCCACGCAACAGUUUCUCUUUUGAUAAAUGUUCCCACUUCGAAGCCUAUUUGAAGCAACUUCCACCAAAUUCUCUUCCACAAGAUCUCCAUUUUCAGAUCGAACUGACGAGCU